CAUUGAUUGGAAACAAAGCUGUGAAUAAUUAGUUAUUAGCAUUAGUUUUCUAAUUUCAGGAUUUAUAAUUGAAUUUAAAUAUUCUUCAUAAAAACUAACAUGCACUACUAUUAAGUGAGAUAGCAAGCAAGGGCCUUGUGAAAGCUUCGAAUAAGAUGGCUAAGGAACCUCCAUCACCAAGUCAAAAGGUGUGGAAACCAGAAUUGUAUAAAAUUCAACUAGAAGCACCAACACCCAAGGCAGUAAGUUGUGAAAAUUCAAGCGAAAACCGCCCGGCCUUCUACAACUCCGAGUAUCAUGGGACCAUGAAUCAUAAAGACUGCGAAAACCUUUUGUUUGAUAAACCAGAUGGAUCGUAUCUGAUUCGACGAAGCCCUGGAGCUGAAGAUUACUGGACUUUGAGCCUUCGUUUUGGCAACAGGACCAAGCACUUCAAAAUCUACUAUGCAUCGGAAAAAGGGCAUUAUCUUAGCGAGAAUUUUAAAAAGUUUGACACUGUUCAUGACCUGGUGGCGGAUGGUUUGGUAGAUUUUUAUAUGCGUUUACACGCUGGACCAAUUAUACAGCAAAUGAUGUGUCAAACGAAAAAUUGCUACGAACAAAGUCCGUAUAUGACACUGAACCGUCGAAAGCUCAGGGCACUGUCGAACGAACUAAGAAAGUCUUCCAAACUAUCAAUGCUGAAUGACGAAACGACGGUGGCUAAUGGUUUGGGAAUAGAAGCGGAUAAUUUAGCAGAAAAUAUAGUCGUCGAUGAGCCAAAUGAUGACGUUUUGCCGGAAAUUUACGAAAAAAAUCAUCUGUUCAAAACCCACACAUUCAAAGGACUCAAUUGGUGCGAGUUUUGUGCAAACUUCCUAUGGGGAUUUACAUCACAGGGUGUUAAGUGUGAAGAUUGUGGAUUUGUGGCACACAUCAAGUGUUCUGAACUCGUGCCUGCCAAAUGUGUUCCAGACUUGAAGCGGCUUCGAGGAAUCUUCGGUGUAGAUUUAACAACGCUCGUUACAGCACAUAAGUGCAAAAUUCCCUUCAUUGUAAAAAAGUGCGUUGAGGAAGUCGAACGACACGGUAUGCUCCAGGAAGGCAUUUAUCGAAUUUCUGGAUUUGCCGAUGAAAUUGACGCUCUGAAAAUGGCCCUCGAUAAAGAUGGCGAAAAGGCAGAUAUGUCAGUGUUGGCUUAUAGUAAUAUAAACGUUAUUUCCGGUGUACUAAAGCUUUAUCUACGGCUGCUUCCGGUUCCUUUGAUCACAUUCCAUUCGUAUCCUGCUUUUAUGCAAUCUAUGGUGAACAAGUCAAUCGGAGAGCAAGUGCGUUCACUACGAGACGCCAUCAAACUUCUACCAUUGGCUCAUUUUAACUGCUUGAAAUACAUUUUGGAACACCUCAAUCGAAUUGCGUCUCACCACGCCAUAAAUAAAAUGAAUGAAUCAAAUAUUGCUACAGUAUUCGCACCUACGUUGAUUGCAACGCCGCAACAUUUAACGGACUUAUCUCAAGAGAUCAAUAUGCUCACCGCGCUUAUAGCGCACUGCCACACUGUUUUUCUGUGAAAUCUCGUUUAGAAUUAUAAAAAUUGUAAUCUCAAUAAUCAUGCUGUUAUAAGUCGAAUGGAAGUUAUUUAAGAUACGUAGGGAUUGAUUAAGGUAAUCGCGUAAGUGCACUCUGACUGAACGCUCACUUAUCAUGUGUCAAACACACACUGUACAACCUCUACUUGUAAGUUACAAGUACAACAUAUCAUUAUAACAUGUAAUGAUUUCAUAAUUCCGUAAAACAUUUUUGAUAGUGGAACCAAAGUCUUUCAGCUUCAAUCUAAUAGUUAUUUAUUGAUUGAAAUGGAUAGAGCAGCAGGCUGCAAAUGGAUCGAGAAGAAGCCCAUAUAUCAAGCCCUGUUCUCAUCAGUAUAAAGCAUCUUAUAACUUCCAUUCGGUUUAUAACAUAAAUGAUAACGUGAUCUAGGUUUUAAUGCAAGGUCAUGCACAGAAGAAGAAGAGAGGUCGGUCACAAAAAAAAAUCAUGUAGAUGUUUUAAAGGGAAAAAAAGGAAGAUUUCCUCAUGUAAAAACAUACAAUACGCUACUGAUUAGAAGACAAAUAACAGCCAUAAAAACAAACUAAAAUUCUCGUUAAAAAACAUUUCAAAUGGUCCUAUGUGCUUUGAUUGACUUUCUCUUUUAAUAACCAGUGCUAUGCAAACAGAUUUCGCGCUAAUUCUACCACAUAGUUUGAUAAAGGAGGUUCUUAUCUAGCGUCCAAAACGUUAAAUACCACAGGGACACUUUUUGCACCUGAGUUAUUGACAAAAGAGAAAGUCGAUAAAGAGAAUCGAUCAAUGCAGGUAGGCCCUUUUGAAAUGUUUAUCUAGAAUUCAUAAAACUCUCCUUCUGUGCACGACUUCGUGCUGAUGAUAUAUUUGUAAAGACAUUUAAUUUUCCAUAUUCCGUACUGUAAAAUUAAGAUAACAUUUCCGGCACAUAGGGUAUCAUACGGCUCAUCAGUAUCAGAUCGAUUUUUAUGCAUUACGAAUGUAUGGUCGAAUUGAUUGGGAAAUUCACCAAAUGCAGCUUAAAAUUUGACUAACCAUCAAAGAUACAACCGUGGAUAAAAGGGGGUUGGCCACCAAUAAUUUACCCCUGCUAGACGGAUAUCUUUUGGUUCAAAUGGAAAAGCACUGCCAGGAAUAGAAAUA